AUGGACGUGGUGAAUCAGCUGGUGGCCGGGGGUCAGUUCCGGGUGGUCAAGGAGCCCCUUGGCUUCGUGAAGGUGCUGCAAUGGGUCUUUGCCAUCUUCGCCUUUGCCACAUGCGGCAGUUACACCGGGAAGCUCCGGCUGAGCGUAGAGUGUGCCAACAAGUCCGAGAGUGAUCUCAGCAUCGAGGUUGACUUCGAAUACCCCUUCAGGCUGCACCAAGUGUACUUUGAUGCACCCACCUGCCGAGGGGACACUGACAAAGUCUUCCUGGUGGGAGACUACUCCUCAUCAGCCGAAUUCUUUGUCACAGUGGCCGUGUUUGCCUUCCUCUACUCCAUGGGGGCUCUGGCCACCUACAUCUUCCUGCAGAACAAGUACCGAGAGAAUAACAAAGGACCCAUGAUGGACUUUCUGGCCACGGCAGUGUUCGCCUUCAUGUGGCUGGUUAGCUCAUCAGCAUGGGCCAAGGGGCUGUCAGAUGUGAAGAUGGCCACUGACCCAGAGAACAUUAUCAAGGGGAUGUCUGUCUGCCAUCAGACAGGGAAUACAUGCAAGGAGCUGAGGGACCCUGUGACCUCUGGCCUCAACACUUCAGUGGUAUUCGGCUUCCUGAAUCUGGUGCUCUGGGUCGGCAACCUGUGGUUCGUGUUCAAGGAGACAGGCUGGGCCGCCCCAUUCAUGCGCGCACCCCCUGGCGCCCCCGAGAAGCAGCCAGCGCCCGGGGACGCCUAUGGCGAGGCGGGCUACGGGCAGGGCCCCGGCGGGUACGGGCCCCAGGACUCCUACGGACCCCAGGGUGGCUACCAGCCCGACUACGGGCAGCCCGCCGGCGGCGGUGGCGGUGGCUACCCACAGGGAGACUACGGGCAGCAAGGCUAUGGCCCUCAGGGUGCGCCCACCUCCUUCUCCAAUCAGAUGUAG